GCGGAGGCGCGGUGACGUACAUCCUGUCAGAAUCGUCGUCGGACGAGACGAGCACAACCAGCGAGUUUCCCAUAUGCCAAUUGCCAAUUGCCAAUUGCCGACUUGCAUCCAGUAGGCCUUCCUCCUUCCUCAUUUCCGCAGCCAUGGCAGCUCCCGGCGUUUGCUUGCCGCAGAAAAUUACCUCAAGAGUAUUAAGACAGAAAGCUGAGGAGUUUCUCGCAUCGAGGAAAUACGCCAACAACCUCGUGGACAUCAUAGGGCAGUGGGAAGAGUCCAAUACAUCAUGCAUUCUCACUUUGGAAAUGAUAUUCAUCGACGUUUUGAAAAGGGGGAAUAUGUACCAAGAACAGAGCAUAUCUCUCACAAUUUCUGAGCCAAGCCCAGAAUCUCGCUACAUAUCGUGGCUACGUAAUUGUUAUGAAGAAGUAUGGGGAAAAUUACUUCAGUCGAUUGAGGGAUGUCGACCAGCGAUACAGUUGCAGGCUUUAUCAACUGCUUUAAAACUGAUGGCAGAAGAAGGGAAAAUGCCCUUGGAGCCAACAGAUAACCUUGGAUACUACUUUCCACUACAUCGACUAAAGCCCAUACUGAUGAAGUUACUAUCACCCGAUAACGACCACACCAAUCUUAUUGCUAGAUUUCAAGAAAUUGCUGCAUACCCUGACGCGCUUUAUUUCACGUGGAAAAGUUUACCGGCGUUGACUCCAAAAAAACAACCAAAUGAUACUUACAUAAGUAAUUUGUUGGAGCUCGUCGAUAAAAUGCCCCUGCCAAAGGAUGGUCAUGGUGAAAAGGACGAGGAGUUGAAACUUCUGUGUGGUCCACAGCAGGAAGAAGGCAACAACUUUUUCUCAUGGGACCAAUUAGGGGCUAGAAAAGCAUUAAACAAAGUGUGGGCCUGCGUGAUGCAUUGGGAAUUAGGAGCCCAAGUUCACAAAAAAUUGCUUGUUGUUUUACUGGAGCGUGUGAUUCACCAUUUGGACAAGCCAAUUUUAUUAACGGAUUUCCUCAUGGAUUCUUUGGAUAUUGAUGGUCCUAUAGGGAUGCUCGCACUUCAAGGCGUUUUUCUACUUGUUACCAAGCACAAUCUAGAUUAUCCCAAUAUAUUCACCAAACUUUAUUCCAUGUUCGAACCAGAAAUUUUUCACACAAAGUAUAAAGCAAGGCUCUUCUAUCUCUCGGAUCUCUUCCUUAGCUCUACACAUUUACCUGAAGCACUGGUAGCGGCAUUUGCAAAGCGGCUUGCUCGUCUCACUUUAGUUGCCCCGCCUGAAGAUAUUCUCAUCAUAUUACUGUUUGUGGGCAACCUAUUGCUAAGACAUCCAGGUUUGAAGCGAAUGAUCGAUCAUCCAGAGGGUGGUGAGGUCAAAGGAAGUAGCGGAGAUGACCCGUUCCUCAUGGAAGAAAGAGAUCCGCUACUAAGUAAUGCUCUCAUGACUAGUCUCUGGGAAAUAAGGGCCCUACAAUGGCACACGAUGCCCGGUGUAGCUGCUGCGGCACGUUUUAUUCGUGACCCGCUACCUUCUGUCGAGUAUGAUAUGGCUGCUGCUCUAGAGCGCACUGGUGGUCACAUAUUUGAACGUGAAUUGAAGAGUAAAGUUAAAGAAAUCAUGCUGACCUUUGAGCGACCUACAUCUAUGGCUUUACCAAAAGGCGAACGACUCUUGCAGUACUGGCAACUUACGACUAUACAUUGACUCCUCAGUGGGAUAAGCUGAAAGCUACCACUUUUAGAAAACUUGGCAAAGAGUAAAGGUCUGAGGUAGUGUAACGCGUUGGAUAUCAGAAUUAAUUCAAAUGAUAUUAGGUUGAACAAAAUUCUUCCCCAUUUUAACAACGAAGAGAAUACGUGAUUUCCGGCGUUUAAAUGGUCAUUGUUAAUUAAUCGGAAGACGUAACAAAUCGUUUGAUUCUAAUCCGUUCGUUUUGGCAUCCGUGUAGCUACCUGUACUCUGGAUUACUCAUAUGAUACAAUUUUUAUCAAAUUCGCGGAGCAAAUUUUUAUG